AUGAAAAAUAGUGCAAAUGCAAUAGACGUGACUUCAGUUGAAUUGUUUAACAGAGUAGUUGAAGCACAUUUACCUCCUAACAUGUGCAUGGUUAUAAAACAGUAUGUUGAAAUGGGCUGGAAUCGGCUUGCAACCAAGUUAUCUGAAACACACAUCAAUCCAGGACCAUUUCAAAAAAUGAAGGUCAAAUAUGCAGCUCAAGUUUUUAACAAUACAGUAGCAGCAGCUAUGCAAUCUUGUGUUCAAGGUGGUUCAUUGCCUUUAAUUGCAGAAACUACUAUAACUUUUACUAAGCAUAUUGUAAAAGCCGCCGGAACACCGAAGAAGAAGAAGCUCGUAGCCGCCAAGAAACCCGCGGCGGGCGAACCAGCAGCCAAAAAAGCGAAAAAGGCCGCUGCAACCAAGCCCAAGGCGACUACACCGAAAAAGGCCGCAGCCAAGGCGAAAAAGCCGGCCGCUGUCAAACCCAAAUCGAAGAAAACUCCAAUCAAGAAAACCGCAGCUCCCAAAAAGAAGUAG